GAGGCCUGCACUUUGAGAGGCCUUGCAGGAGGGGUUGGAUUUCCUUCACUGCACUGGUUUGGAAUGGUCAAUGACCAUGAUAUACUUGCCAUCGAUCGCUGUGGUCCAAGCCUUGAGCAUGUUUUCAACCAGCUGGGACGUCAAUUUUCCUCAAGGUACCUCUAUUUAUUGGCGGACCAGCUCCUCUCACGCUUAGAGUUCGCCUACUCCAGGUUCAUUGUACAUGGAGACCUGAAUCCACACUCUGUUACUCUUAGUUAUUUUCCUUGGCAGUUCCAGCAGAUCGUCCCGAGUUGCCCAAUAUCUGCUGCAAGACCAGGAUACUCGGCUCAUGACGACCUCCUAGCAUUGGGUGAUUUAAUCUACUAUUUUUCUAGUGGUACGGCUUCUUGGGGCGAGUUUCACCGAGAUCAGUAUAAUGGGAAGUUUGCAAAGAAGCCAGCCAUUUUUGAUGGAUAUACAGAUGCUGUUUUCUCAGCAGACCCUCCGAACUAUUCAGCUCUUCGAAGAAUAUUCUGCGAUGCUCACCAAUACAUGGAUUGUUCAAUACCAAUUUCUUACUCUGGCGAGGCACUAGAAUUGGAAUCAGAAACAAGCGCAAUUUUGAGGUCAAGUACAGAGCGACUUUUCGAAGUUCUGGGGUCCAAGAUCUCUGAAGUUGGACGCAAAACCGGGGAUCCAUCUGCUGCUUGGUCACAAAACCGAGGAAUAAGCCUGCUUCAAACCCUCCCUAACAUCCUGCAAAUAUAUACGGAGCUUUUAUUUCGACAUUGCCCAUCUCAUUUGAGGGAAUGCUCUCUUUUUCGCCCAUAUCAUCUACCAAAUCGCCUUUGGUUAGACCUCCUUUGGUAUGUGGGCAACGUGCGCAGCGCACCUGCUCCCUUCCAAAAAGCUGUUGUUGGCACCAUCUAUAGAUAUAUAUACCAUCCUACUGGAAGUAAUUCCUUUUGA